AUGUCUUCUUCGUUAUCUUCUACUUCGUCGCCUGAAGGUGAUCAUCCAUCUUCAACACCCCCAUCACAAACAAUUGAAACCAUUCAGAAUCAUCAAGACAAUCCUUCUACUUCAACAUCUAUUGAACUAAAGGAUUUGAAAAAGAUUGACGAAGAACAAGCUCAAGAGAAAGUUUGUAUCACUGUCAAUACUCACAAUGAGGAACAAACUAAAAUUGAGGAUGAAGACGACGAAGAUGACGAUGCCUGUAGUGAUGCCGAUAGUAUUGUGGUACACUUUGCUAGAAGAUUUGUCACUAAACCAUUAACCUUAUCUUCAAUUAAACCACAACAACAACAAUAUAGAAUGAGUAGAGCCCAAAACAAUACUCCACAAACACCAGGUGAUAAAAGAGUCUCGUUUGCUCAACCACAAAAACCUACAGUUGAAUCAAUAUUCAGUAAGACAACAGCCAAGUCGGGCAAGUCUACCGUCUCUUCGGUGACAUUUCGUAUUCCUACAUGUUGUGGUAUAAUAGAACUGAAUCUUGUCAGAAUUCUCUCACUGUUUGGUAUGCUUAUCAAUAUUGCUGCUUUUAUAGCUGUGGCUGUAAUUGUUGGAAAUGCUUUCAAAUUGGAUGCCCAGAAGGAAACCUAUAUGCUCCUCAAGAGAACAGACUACUUGCAACUCUAUCACGAUAUUGACUGUACUGUAAGAGUAGCUGCAGCCACUGGAAACCAGAGUCUGGUUGGGGAAUAUUAUAUAAAGCGAGCCCUUGCCAAUACCACCCUAGUAGAGCUUGCACUAACUUUGCCUAAUGGAACUGUGAAACCAUCCGAAUAUUUGAAUACGCAAAUAACUACUUUGAAUGAUCUAGUUAUGGAUUAUGUGGCUAUUGGAGACAUGAUAUCUGCAAGGGAAAAAAGAAAAUCAUUCCAAUACUAUUCAGCAGAUACUAUAACCCAACUUUUCUUAAUCAAAGUACAAAAAGAAAUUGUCAAACUUGCAAAUGAGAAGAAAGAGUAUUUAAGGAUGGCAAGCGCUGUGAACAUGGGUUUAGUUUUGUUUGGUGUAAUUGUUAGUGUUCCAAUAGUUAUUUUAAUCUUUGCCAUGGCAUUGACUACUGAAGUUACAAGCACAAGAAAACUCCGAAAAGCUGCUCAUAUUAUGAUAAUGGAAACUGUUGGAAGUGAUAAGUAUAAUGCUUUAUUCAGAGCUUUCUGUGAUAGAGAAAAUUGUUUGGAUUCAUUUACCUUGUUGGACAAUUGCCACUCUUACAAGGAACUCUGUGAGGAAGCCCACUACUUGAGAGGUGUUGCUGAACAAAAGAGCAAGAAUACGAAAAUUAGCGAUAUUGAGGAAAUUGAGAAAGUUGAGGAAUUGGAAAGAAACAAAUACGAAGUUGCUUUCAAGAUAUUUACUGAAUUCAUUGAUGUAAAUGGAGAAACACCAUUCAAAACAAGCACUGCUCUUCAAGAACGAGUUAAAACAAGAUUGGAUGAAUUCUCAUCUUCUAGCAUUUUAGAAGACGACUUGUUUGAUGAAUUGCAAAAGAGUGUUUGCGAAUCAAUGGCAGAACCAUUUAUGAAAUUCAAACAAGAAAUUAAACAAAAGAAAAAGAGAAAAUAAAAACUGUAAAUUUCAAU